CAGCAUAUAAAACUUUGUGAAAAAUGUAUUCACAUUACACGCUGAAGGGAGGUCACAAGUUCGACACUCGCGAAUUCAUACUCCUGCUCUGCUCUUGCCGACCUACAAUUUGCUCAACAGUAAUAACAAACUAGUUGUAGUCCCAUUGCCGAAAAUGGCCACUCUUGCAGAUUCAUUUUUGGCUGAUCUUGAAGACUUAUCCGACAAUGAUGUGCCACUUAGUGACCAUGAGAAUGAUGAUGCAGGGGAGGAGGCCGAAGAUGUUGAUGAUGAGAUGGCUGAUAUUGAAACUCUUAAUUAUGAUGAUCUGGAUAGUGUUUCAAAGCUACAGAAGACGCAACGUUAUAUUGAUAUUAUGCAAAAAAUUGAAGAAGCUUUGCAAAAGGGAUAUGAUAUUCCAAGUAGUGGGAUAGUGUUAGAAGAUGAACCAGAGUAUCAGCUGAUUGUUGAUUGUAAUGCUUUGUCAGUUGAUAUUGAGAACGAAAUUGUUAUCAUUCACAACUUCAUUCGGGACCGUUACAGGUUGAAGUUUCCUGAGUUAGAAUCUCUCGUACACCAUCCAAUUGAUUAUGCCCGAGUUGUAAAGAAAAUUGGAAAUGAGAUUGACCUAACCCUGGUUGAUCUUGAGGGUCUUUUACCUUCUGCAAUUAUUAUGGUUGUUUCUGUCACAGCAUCUACUACUAGUGGGAAGCCUCUGUCAGAGGAAAACCUUCAGAAAACAUUGGAUGCUUGUGACAGAGCUCUUACUCUUGAUGUGGCAAAAAAGAAGGUUUUGGAUUUUGUGGAGAGUAGGAUGGGAUACAUCGCCCCCAAUUUGUCUGCCAUUGUGGGUAGUGCAGUAGCAGCAAAACUGAUGGGCACAGCUGGAGGUCUCUCUUCAUUGGCUAAAAUGCCUGCUUGUAAUGUGCAACUACUAGGUGCAAAGAAAAAGAAUUUGGCAGGAUUUUCCACAGCAACUUCUCAAUUCCGUGUAGGUUAUCUUGAACAAACAGAGAUUUUCCAAAGCACGCCACCUUCUUUAAGAAUACGUGCAUGUCGAUUAUUGGCUGCAAAGUCCACACUCGCAGCUCGAGUAGAUUCAUCAAGAGCUGACCUCACUGGAAAAGCUGGUCGAAAUCUACGAGAGGAAAUACGUAAGAAAAUUGAGAAGUGGCAGGAACCACCUCCUGCAAAACAACCUAAGCCUCUGCCAGUUCCAGACUCUGAACCCAAGAAGAAGCGAGGUGGGCGAAGGCUGCGUAAAUUUAAAGAAAGAUAUGCUGUAACAGACAUGCGAAAGCUUGCAAAUAGGAUGCAAUUUGGUAUACCUGAAGAAAGCUCUUUAGGAGAUGGUUUGGGAGAAGGAUAUGGUAUGCUAGGGCAGGCUGGAAGUGGGAAACUACGAGUAUCAGUUGGGCAAAACAAGUUUUCAGCUAAAGUGGCCAAAAGAUUUAAGGAGAAGAAUUAUGGAAGCAGCGGUGCAACUUCAGGUUUAACAUCAAGUCUGGCAUUCACGCCUGUUCAGGGAAUUGAACUAACAAAUCCACAGGCACAUGGAGUCUACCUUGGAAGUGGCACACAGAGUACCUACUUUUCGGAAACGGGAACCUUUUCAAAGAUCAAAAGGACAUAGAAGAGACAAUGUUGGCCUGUGUGUUUAUGUUGCAUUAUAAUCAUGUAAUAGAUUAUUUUCAAUUCUCAGUUCUGGGAGAUUAACCAUACAUUUUGAUCACUACAAGUGGUAAAAGAAUGUAACAUUAUAAUUUCACAGAACUUUGGAUUUGCGUAUUUUUCUUCAUAAUAGAUGUCUUUGAGGACAACUAUCGGCAAACACACCCAA